AUGGCAACGGCUGCAGUAGUCAUCUUCCUCGCCUUGGUCGCCGGAAGUACUGCCGCCCAAACUCCCUCCGCCAUCUGGCCGUAUCACUACGUCGACGUCGUCAACGAGCUCGGGGGCGGCAAGGUGCUGCUGGUGCACUGCAAAUCCAGAGACGACGACCUGGGACCUCACAACAUCACCGUCGGAUCGCAGUACGAGUUCCGGUUCAAGCUCAACGUUCUGAUUCCCACGCUGUUCACGUGCUACGCGGCCCCCGACGGCAGCCAGCACGUCGAUUACACUGCGUUCAAGGAGGACGAGGCGGAAUACAGGGAAAGCAGUGGUCACCAUACGUUUUGGAUUGCCAAGGACGACGGGAUUUACUUGAGGAGGAAAGGCCAGGAGCAGGAUGAACGUUAUUUUGCAUGGCAAUCUGGGCAGAACCCAAAACCAAACUUUCAUUAUUGA